AUGGCUAUGAAGAAGAUGAUGGGCCACUUGUUAUUAUUACUGCCUUUCAUCCUGUACUGCUUCUGUGGAUGCAUGUUGGCUAAUGUACCAAACCCGUAUUCUUUUAUGACUGGUGGUGGUAUUGCUGGUAUGCCUGGUGGUGGUGUUCAUCCUAAUAAUGUAGGGUUCCAACCUGCUGGGAUUCCUGGACCUGCUGUUCCUGGCAGACCUCCUGUUAAUCCUCCUGUUGGUGUUCCUAAGGGUGUUCAACAAAGGCCUUAUACGGACCCUGCGGUUCCACGCGGUCCUUGUGGUUCUCCUGGUGCGCCUGGUGCUAUCCCUGGCAGUGCUGCAGGUACGAAUACUUGUUCUGCUGGUAUUCCUGGUUCUCACCAUACUGUACCUUCACCUACAUCUCCCAUU